AUGGAUUUCCGACAAACAAGCCACAUCCACGCGAUGUUUAGAAAGGGUGUGGACAGCUAUCGCUUGGCUUGUAGUAUCUAUAAGCUUUCUGAUGUUCCAGCACCUCACCGCGCUUAUAAAGUACUAACGGAUAGCUCGUCAAUUUCCUCAAAUCAUCGUGUCAAAAGGCAAUUAAACGCCGAAAAUGUGAAUCUCCAUGCAGUUUAUUUAAAUGGAUCUGUGGGCCUAAGAUUAAGUGCUUCGGUAUGGGAGAAAUUCUCAAAUCAUAUCAGAAUGGAAUUUUCGUUGGAAAUUUACGUGAAAAUCGAAGGUGGACAACCCGAUUCUGCCACUAUAUUUGCUAUAAGUGAUAUUUGUGGCCAAAAAAGCGGCUCUUCUAGCCUAAAAAUUGGAAUUGAGAAUGAAGCAAAUGGCGAGCAUAAAUCAAGGCUUACUGUUUUUCUCAAUGCUGAAAUGGCACACAAUCCGAUUAUAAUCAGGAAUGAAUAUCCAUAUGUUGUGGAUGAAUGGUUGCGAAUUUUUUUAGCCUUCAGAAACGACAGAUUGCAACUAUACGCGAAUGGUGCUCGUAUCGCUCAAUCGCUAAAACAGUCAAGCAAUUUAUACUCACAAAUCCGAAGUGCCUGCAAGAGAAUAUUUAUUGGAACUGAUGGAAAGCAAAAUGGUCGAGAGGAGUUAGUUGGCUUUCGUGGCUUUAUCGCCAAAAUUCGCAUUGCUGAUCGCUAUAAGAAUCACUCGGCGUUAAAAAAAGAGAAAUGGGAUGAUACAAUAUUCGAAGACGAUUUUCAAGCACUAAAUCAUUGGCGAACUGUCGGCAUGGAAAAAGAGCUCCGAAUUCAUGAAUUUUAUGAGAGACAUUCUGUGUUGCAAAUAGAUAUACCAACAUGUGGACAAACAGUAUGUGAUAACCCUCAAAUUAUCACGAAUUAUCAGAAAAACUGGCAGUUUCACGCGAAGAAAAACUUACGUUAUCGCUUUGUAGUCUUAAAUGAUGAUAAUGGAAGCAAUCCGAUAGUUAACAUGGAUUAUGUGAAAAAACUGAAUGCUGCAGUGACAAAGACAUUUAUACAUUACAAUAUAAGUUGGACUAUGGAACUCACUGAAAUCAAUAAUACUUUAUUACGAAGGAAGAAAAUUAUAUUUGGCUGUCGGUCAUCGUCGAUAGGAAACAAUCACUGUGAUGCUGAAUGUCGUCACCCGAUUACUGGAGAUGAUGGUGGUGACUGUAAGCCAGACAAGGUAAAGUGUGAAAAUUCGUUGAUAAGGAAUGGUCGCUGUGAUCAAGAAUGUAAUAACAGAGAAAAUGAAUGGGAUGGUGGAGAAUGUUGUGGGCCAGAAGAUCCAGAGGAGAACAGAAACUGCUUGGACCCAUUAUCUCCCCAUAGAAGAUAUAUAUCAAGCGAAGAAUACAAGCAGAUAGCAAACCAAAAUAACGAGAGAAGCCUUACCAUACAAUUUGCUGAUUGGGAUGCAAUGGAUGUGCUUGGUUUAGCAACAUUUCCUUGGGAAAAAGAUGUCUAUAAUAAUGAAGGCGGCAUAUUACUACGCCCUGAUGUUUCGGAAAAUUCAGCCAACAAUCUUAUCCACGAAAUAGGACAUGUCCUUGGACUUUGGCACAACAAAAGUUUUUUAACAGGUGAUUUGGCAAGCGAUACUAAUCCAACUCUGAGAAAUAUAGAAUGUUCGGAUCCAAAGGGCAUUGGUCCCUGUGGCGAACAUGGUUUCAAAGAUACGCCAUUUCGAAAUUACAUGAGUUAUGCAGGAGGGAAUUGCAUGAAUAGUUUUACUCAACAACAAAUGGCAAGAAUGCAUUGUUACAUCGACUUGAUGUAUAAAAACUGGCUAAUAGAUGAGGAAGCAUCUCAAAAGUUCCAAAUUCCAAUUGCUCCUAGAAUUGUACCUCUACACAAACGAGGAAAUCAAUCAAUCAUCAUAGUUAGACAAUUUUUCAAAACAUUCGACGGAAAAAAGAUUUCGGAGCGACUAAAAUGCACCCACGAUAACAGAAUAUUACAAUAUGCAAUAUUCGCAACGUCUUCCGAUCCUUAUCAAAUGUCUGGUUACUGGGGACCUGAACAAGCUACAGUGGAUUCAGUCGGUUUAGCUUUAACUGCGCAAGCAGGCGACAUUGGUGACAAACAAAUUAUAAGCAUGUUUUCACAUUUGACAUUUUCACUUCGAAGUGCCACAUUUUUCUGUUACGGAGAUUUCUUGCCGAGUAUAAUUUCAGGUCCUCCAGAUGCAGAAUUAUGUGCGGCAUCAACAAAAGCAUGGUUGCCCGAUGUUCAAAGUUGUGAUGAUUCCGUCGAAAAAUGUACUUUAAAAUUAAAACCCGAUAUUGAAACAGAGCUUGAGAAGUUGUCAAUAUGGGUUGCAUGGAAUGCUGCUGGUGGUAUUCGAAACAUUAAAAUUAUUUUUACAGAUGGAAGCUUUCAUCUAUUAGACCAAGUAAAAAUAUAUAUCAGAACGAAUAAUCCUUUUGUCAGUAUCGAUGCAGUUCAGUUCAUCUCGCCUCCAUUUAAUACACUAUAUUUCAGAUCAAUUGAAAAAGGUGUAGAAUACGAAUAUUCCGUGAGUGCGAUAAAUAGAGCCAUAGAAGGGACACCAUCACCAUCAGCAACUUAUUUCUUCGAGAAAAAUGUUUGCGGUGAUAGUAGAAAGGACGAAAAUGAAGAAUGUGAUGAUGGAAAUUUUAAUAAUGGUGAUGGAUGUUCACAAAAUUGCAUCAUUGAAAAGAAUUAUCAUUGUAACAACGAUGGCGAAGGUGAUGGUAUUUGUGAAUUCUUUGAAUCUUCUAAGAUGAAUGAAGAUUGCUCGUUGGAGCGUACUUUUAAAUUUAAUAAAGAAAUACCUGGAGCUAUUUAUGUUACUUCUUCAUCAAGCGAGGUCACCUGUCCGCUUCAACAUUUAUUAUCUUCCGCGUCAGUUAAAGCUUGCAAUGUAUGGCCAUUAGUUUGGGGAACUUGCUCUCAUCUAUUAGAUUCUGACGAAAUAACGAUACACGUUGAAUUUUUUCAUAAUAUAUUACCAUCUAGCAUCGAAAUUAGUUUUGUGCCAGUCAGUUCUUCGAAUUUUAAUUCAUCAUAUUCUUUGCUGAAAAUUGAACUUCACCGCUUAGAUAAUUCGGUUAUUUCAUUACCAGCAAAAAAAAUCACAUCUUGUUCACAAAGUCCAAUCAAUAUCGUCAUUCCAUAUUUUCUUGUCGAAGUCCAGUCGCCAGUCACAAUAGUGGAAAUAUCGCUGACUAGUCCAUGGCUCAUUGGAAUUGCUUCUAUUGUUCUCUACUCAUCAAAGACAUUUGACUUAAUCACAAUUGAAAGCUGUGCAGCUCAAAAACUAUAUUUCGAUCCGCUAACAGGUAAAUGUAUACCUCGAGAAUGCGAUAGGCAACAAACUGCGUCGUGCUCACCAUUCAGUUUACCAAAUGCUGAAGUUGACUGUAUUCGAAAUAAUUGCGCAAUUCGUUGCACAUAUGGAUAUAAAUUAUCGACUUCAAUGUCAACAGCAAAUGUUAUUUGUGUUAAAGGGGAAUGGUUUGGUGAUAUACAUGCUGUUUGUGAACCCAUUACAUGCUCACUGCCAUAUAUUGAAAAUGCAAGCUCUAAUUGCACGUCAGCAAUGCACUGUGGUGAUCUAUGCACAUUUAAAUGUAAUCCAAACAGCAUUAUGAUAGGAUCUGAAAACGAAGUAAAAUGUGGUGAAAAUGGACUCUGGUCGCUUCCUGAAGCUUUUUGUCAGAUUCACUGCUCAUUGGAGCAGCUACUUGAACAUAAUGUGUCGAGCGAUUCAUUGAUGUGCAAAUCGAUUCUACCACUUGUUUAUAACAAUCUUUAUCCAGUAUCAACUGUAUGCCGAGCAAGUUGCCGUCCACAGUUUCGAAUUAGUCAAACAUCACAAACGAAGGCUCAAAAAUGUUUGGUGGGAUAUGAAAUUGAGUUCAAUCAUUGUGACCUUGAAAAUAUGGAUCGAAUUACCAGAUUACGUCUAUCGUGCUCUGAUAAUGGUCUGUGGGUUGGUCCCAGUUGUCAACAAAUUACUUGCUUGCCACCGAAGGUUAUCUAUAUGGGUUCAUAUAACUGCUCCAAUGGAUUCGCUAUAGGAUCGCAUUGCCAUUUUCAGUGUCCAGAUACUAAUGAAAAGAAAACAAUGGUUUGUCAAAAAAAUGGAGUUUGGUCUAGAAGGUUCCAAUGUUCAGCUCCACAAGUUACAUGCAAAUUCCCUGCAAAAAUACAAAAUAUUAAUUUUAAAUGCCCGACUAGAAUAGCGAGAGGGGCAUCAUGUUCAGUUUCUUGUCCGAUUAAGGGGGCAUCAUGUUCAGUUUCUUGUCCGAUUAAGGGUUAUGAUGCUGUCAUGCAAGAGAAGCAGCAACUUCCAUCUGGAAAUGAACUUUUAAUUCUACGACCAAUAAACAAUAUAUCUUGCACAGUAUCAUCGACUUUUUAUCCUCAUCCAGAAUCUUUAUUAUGUGUUCGUUCAUGCAAUAAGCAGUUUAUUGGAGAUGGUUGGUGUGAUUUCCAAAAUAAUCGUGGAUAUUGUGGGUGGGAUAAUGGUGAUUGUUGUGCCAGCACGGUUCGAGGAGGACGUGUCCGUUUAAUGUUUCCAUUUUUGUGUACAUCUUUACUCUGUCAAUGUAUGGACCCCUUUGCAAUUGAAAAUUCAAUGAAGCCUCCAUAUGUCAAUGCGAAUAUCACAGGAAGGUAA